AAGCGAACAUGAACGCCAACACGCAGGUCCUCGAGCUGGAUGUUGAAGGCAGGCAGGUGGAUGAGGCAGUUUUAAGCCUUUUCCACACAUUACUUUUUCACCGAUCAACGGGCAAAUUCCACUAUAAGAAUGAUGACACAUACGCCGUUGGAACCAUAGGCUUCCAAGAUGUGGACUGCGAUUUUAUUGAUUUCACCUAUGUACGUUGUUCAUCUGAGGAGCUAGACAGAAGUAUCAAGCGUGAAGUAAGUGGCUUCUGCGAAGCUAUAAGGGCACCUGAUGCGCCGUCAAGUGGACAGGUUGCUUUGGAAUUCUAUCAACGAAAAAGAGGCAGAUGGCCUUUUGCAACAGAAAGCAUUCCAUGGGAAGUUUGGACGCUUAGAAUCAAUGUAGUUUCUCUCAACAAUGAACAUGAACGUCAGAUAUGGCGGGAAAGGGUCGGAGAUUCCCUCGGAGAACGAUUGCUACACAUAACGGAUACGCUAAACCGGCAUGACUAUAUCCCCUCACCUCCAAACCAAGCAGAAAUAGACUUGAUAUAUGACACAGCCUACCCUGAUGUCCAGCCAUUUCUAUUCAAAAUCAACUACAGCGUAUCGGCACCCACAAACCCUUCUGCCACAACUACAAUCAAGAAGCUUAUUCGAGACACGUUGGCUCUCACUUAACACUGGCUCCCCUCUAGGUUCAUGCUACAGUGCUGCUGUGCUGAAGAUGAAAAAUUGAUAACAAAAAUAGUCCCAUUAACUUUGUUACUCUGAAAAAAAAAGAAAAAAAAGGAAAAGAGAAAAAAAAAAAAUGCUUAUGAUAUGCGCUAGAGUGAGAAAGUUAAUCGUCCAAUGAAAUACUGGUAUGUGAUCUGAUGGUGGGGACAACACCAAGACAUUGUCAGAAAUUAGUGAGAUGUUUAAUAUUUAUAUAUAGGUGCCGGUAUUUCCACAAGAUCAAACACUGCUAAUAUAUUGAUACUGACAUAUUCACCCUAAGACGUAGAUUAUACUAUUGCUUCUAGAUAUUUUUUUAUUCCAAAAAAUGAGAUGAAUAUAGUUGUAUAUAAUACUUGUACCUGCCUUCUAGAUAUUUUUAGCAGGUGCUGCAAUGCUGCAAAUUUUCACUUUAUAAGUCACAAAGUAGGUUUAUUAUAAGAACAUAAAUGGUAGUUCCAAACUCACCAACGUCAUCAUAGAAUGCCCAUCUCUUCUCUAUUGUUGCUGUGCGUAUGUCUGGAGCACUGUUAACCAGAUUUUUUUUAUGGAGUUUCUGCCACAUUAUCCAUCUUGGUUUACUGGGAUACACAAUCAGAGUGAAGCUGAGGUGGUGACAGGGGAUUAUGGAAUUUUAGAGGAAUAUUUGUACUCAGAGAUAUGGGCUGAAAAUCUCUCCUUACUGGACCUAGGCAGCAAAGCUUUAUUAUACAGAAUUCUAUAUUAACUGUGUCUUCUGGUGGAGGGAUUUUCAUUCUGGUAUCGUCUGUGUGAGCGUUGAAGUAUUUAUACUGUAUGGUUUAAUUUUUUUCCUUGAAGCAUUUUAGGUUUGCAGGUGUAUCCCAGUCUGCUGAUAUGGGGGAUUGCUACAGAAUUGUACAUUGGACCGCAUGUACAUGUUUAAAAAGUUGAGACAUCCCCUUUGCUGCUUAAAUGUUGCUUCUUUGCCAUGAUGUUAGGAAAGUACUGUUGCACUGUAGAGUAAUUGGGAAAAUAGGGGUGGUAAUAUACCAGAUCCACAUCGGAUGGAUAUAAACAUGACGAUAUUGGGUGAAUGUAAACACAAUGCAUUUGUGUGUUUUCUCUCUCUCUCUCUCUCUAUUUAUUUAUUUAUUUAUAUAUUUUUAUAUAUACACAUACACAUACACAUACAUAUAUAUACAUAUAUACAUACAUACAUGUUUACAUACAUACAUACACAUUUACAUACAUACAAGCAUACAUACCUACAAUCAUACAUACAUAUAUACAUAUGUACAUGCAUACAUAAUUACAUACACAUUUAGAAAAAAUACUAGGUAUUCAGUUAUAACUGGUAAUAGUUUAUCUGAUAUGGAAAUGUUGAAGAUAUUGAAAGGGACAUCUAAAGGUGUGUCUACAGUACAUGAAACAUUUGAAAGUGGAUAUUGUUAUAUUUGAUGUUUACAUAAUAAAAUGUGCCAAAUAUCUCCCCUUUGUCAUGUGUAAUAUUGUAUGAAACCACUUACAUUUGUUAUCAGUACCUUUGUUAAUGGGUAGUGAUUGUUGGUAUGCUGUUAGGAUUACAACUUUGUGCUGAGACUAACAUUAUGGCAUAGAAAGUUUCACAGUUAUGAGGUCCCUAGAGAGUUUGCAAGGUGGUGUGUGUAAAGUAUCUCCAUAGAAAAAAGAUAUUCAUGUACCAUAGAUAAAGCUGGUUGUACACAUUUAUAUUACUAAAGGAAAAGGACAUACUAGGUAUGUGUGAGCAACUGUGUUAUCAAGAGCAUUGACUGCUUGAUAGUGAUAUCCAGAAUAUGUAAGUUUAUUUAUUAAUCACUGCCUCUGGAUAAGUAUCAGAAUCUGUAUAUACACAAGUACAACAGUUGCAGCAUGUACUGACGAAGUUAAAAAGGGUCUUUGUCAACGUUCCUGACAGUCGUUUUGGAAAUAAAGUAUGAAUAUGGAAUACAUGUAUUUCUUGAGUUUGGAUAUGGAGUAGUUAUAUUUCUCAGUCAAUUUUCUUUGGAAUAAUGCUUUGUUAUCUUGAGACGGUUUAUGCAUUGGUGUGAACCAUGCUUUAUUGGGUUAGGUAAGAACAUGCUCUCUCAUGAAAUAUGUGGAAAUGGUAUUUUUCUGGGCUUUGGAAGGCAAGAAGAUUGACAGGUAGUAAAGGAUGGAAAUGCAAUUGAGAGUUUACCAAAACUUGUUUUCAGAAAAACGAAAGUCGGCUCAGUGCAGUCUAGGAGCCAGUUACAUUCAGUAUUGAUGAAAAUCUUUCUAAAUUUUGCCUUAAGUUUUGAGGAUUUGUUAAGUUCACAAUAUAUGUUAAAAAUAAUUGUAACAAAGAUCAUGCCUCUGUAGCAUUUUACUACAUGCUACAAAAUCUGCGAAAAAAAAGUCUCAUAUCAUUUCAGUUUAGUUUUUUUCUUCUAUUUUCAGUAUUGUAUGUAAUCAGUUAAACUGUAUGACAUUUGUUUUUUUGUGUAGAUUAAAUCUUUUCUUAACCCGACGCUGACAGGCCAUGCCUAUCGGUGUCAUAACAAACCACUUGGUCUGAGGGGUAUGGCUGUAUGCCUUGGCGACGCACCAGAGCCCUUGGAGCGGUACAUUGGGCUUGAUGUAGUGGACGCCUGCACCCAAUGUCUGUUCAUUGCCACUCAUCUCCAGAGUGUAAAUUUUUUAUUUAUUUUCUUCACCCGUCAGCGUUGGGUUAAGAAAUAGUAUAACAUGUGAGUUACUAUGAAUUAACAAGAACACGUCUGUUAUAUACGUUGAGAGGUUUUGAAGAAAGAUUUUUUAUUAUGUUUGAUAUUAUUGUUUGUUUAUUUAUUUAUUUACUUUUUUUUAAAUUUAUUCAGAGGAGGAUGUACAGAACUACACUGUGUAACAAAGGAAGAAGUCUGUGCACGGAAUUUUAUGUUUUGUGAUUUGCAAAUAAGUGUUUUACUUCACAUUCAUUUUGAUUAACACUCCAUGUUCAUUCUGUAAUACAGCAAGUAUAACUUUUGAUUAUUGAUGGUAAUUUAAACCAGCAUUGGCAUUUUUGAUACUGAUAUUUGCAACGAGAAUGUUAGGUAAUAGUUUGUAGUGUUUUCUGUUCCAUUUUGAAAUUAUCAUAGGUGUACACACGCACACACACACACACACACACACACACACACACACACACACACACACACACACACACACACACACACACACACACACACACACACACACACACACACACACACACACACA